CCCCCCGCGGGGCAGUGGGCGGGGCGCGGGGAACAUGGCGGUGGUGGCACCGCUGCUGGCGCUGCUGUGGGCGCUGCCGGGGCUGUGCCGCUGGCUCGCACGGCCCUACUACCCGCUGUCCGCGCUGCUCGCCGCCGCCUUCCUCAUCGUGCGCAAGGUCCCGCCGCUCUGCCGCGGGCUGCCCUCGCAGCGGGAGGAUGGCAACCCCUGCGACUUUGACUGGCGGGAGGUGGAGAUCCUCAUGUUCCUCAGUGCCAUCGUCAUGAUGAAGAACCGGCGCUCCAUCACUGUGGAGCAGCACAUCGGGAACAUCUUCAUGUUCAGCAAAGUGGCCAAUGCCAUCCUGUUCUUCCGCCUCGACAUCCGCAUGGGGCUGCUCUACCUCACGCUCUGCAUAGGUGAGCCCUGCUGGGCCCCUGGGGCAGCCCUGGAGCCCCCAGCCCAGCCUGUGCCCUGCCUGUGCCCCUGGGAGAGCCCCCUUUUGCCCCUGGGUGACCCUCACAGCUGCAUGGGGCUGUGGGUGUGCAGAGUAUCCCUGGGGG